AUGGCGAAGAGAGAAAUCUUGGCAGCAGCUGACCACUUCUCUAUCAUCCGCGCAACUAGAAACAAAAAUAGUGCGAUGGCAGGAGGCUCCCAGGGACCACCAAAUCUGCCAGGUCAAACCACCAUCCAAGUCCGCGUUCCUUAUCGUGUAGUAGGGUUGGUGGUUGGUCCGAAAGGGGCCACAAUCAAAAGAAUUCAACAGAGUACUCACACCUACAUUGUAACUCCUAGCAGAGACAAGGAACCUGUCUUUGAAGUCACAGGAAUGCCUGAAAAUGUAGACCGAGCACGUGAAGAGAUAGAGGCUCACAUCACUAUGAGGACAGGUUCCGUAAUAGACAUCCAUCCAGAUAAUGACUUUCACUCCAAUGGCACAGAUGUCUGUAUGGACCUAUUUGGUAAUAGCUCUGCUGCUCUUUGGGCAAAGGUUAAUGCUCCUCGACGAGGAUCUGCAGCAUCACGCAAUGAGACUCUGGGCAGUACUUCUUCAGAGAGUUCAUGUUAUGGAACAGGCAGAGAGCAGGGACCAGCAAGCCCAUUUAGGCCAGUCCUGGGGGGAGGCUUCACACUAGGGGAACAGCACACUGUACCAGCUGCCAUAA